AUGGCACGAUCGACGGGCUUCUUCCACCACAUCGGCACCUUUCUCCUAUUUGCCGCCACCAUCCUACUCAUCGUAACAUGCAUCUCGGCCCCCGUGGUCCACAACCUAUCCCUACUCAGAGUCGACCUAGGCGGUGACAAUGGCCGCGGCGAGACCGUCACGUUUGGCACGUUUGGCUUUUGCCAGACCCGCCCUGAAGCAGAUGAUUCCUGCUCGCAAUCCCAAGUCGGCUACUCCCCCGCGGCGGUGAUGACGCAGGCGGACGGCACCGAGUUCUCCGAGUACGCGGAGCGUACGACGCGGGCGCUGACCAAGGCCAUGAUCCUGCACCCGAUCGCCUGCGGCCUCAACUUCAUCGCCUUCCUGCUCGCCCUGGGCGCCGGCAUGAUCGGCUCCUUCCUGGCCUCCAUGGUCGCCCUGCUCGCCUUUUUGACCACCGCCGUCGCCUGCAUCAUUGACUUUGUGCUCUUCAGCAUCGUCAAGUCCAACGUCAACGACCGCGGCGGCGCCACGGGUACCGGUGCCUACUAUGGUGCGGCUGCCUGGACGAUUCUGGUUUCGGCGAUUUGCUCGUUGAUCGGGGCGGUUGUCGUCUUCUUCACGUGCUGCUCUGCGCGUCUGCACCGCCGUCGGGGUGUCGCCCACAAGACCGAGUAUGCGUCGCCCCCGAGGCGGAGGCGCUUUUGGUAG